GCCACAUGUCUCGUCAACUCUGCGCCUCCAACACCCACUCAGCUCUAAUUGGUUUCCAUAGGUGCAUUUCCCACCUGCAGUUUUGUCGUCAGUCCGGUUAAGACGGCCGGACCCUACGAUCCACUCUCCCCAUUCCCCAAUUUCACUAAUCCACUAACAAACUUGGGACUGCUUUCGACUGCGAGAGAAGACCAUCUCAUCCGAUGGCCUACGCGUAAGAAAAAAUCACGAUAGCUACCUAUUUUUCUAACUCGUUUUUUUGCAAUUGCAAUCUUCAUUCACUCCCUUCCUUUUCUUGUUUCUUUUCCUGUGUGUUUCUUCGACUUUCCAGCCACGAAACCUACCUUUUACUUCUGAAACUGUGGCUUUCUAAUCCACCACCCAUCGGCUGCCUCAAUUCAAUCCGCCCACUGUGAUAUCAUUUAUCCUCACGCACGAAUACCCCUCCGAAAUCGAAAAAAUGGCAUAUCUCCUCUACUCCCUAUCCUUCCUCGUGCUCGUCACCGGCACGAUCCUCUACCUCACCCGGAAUUACUGGGUACCGAUUCUCCCCGGGCGCUCGCACCUGUACGCGCGGCUCCCCGGCUCAUUCGCGGGCGACAUCGAAGCGGGUCUGUCGAGCAGCACCUUCGAUCUAGGCGCCAACGUAGAAGGGGGCGAUGCCCGCGCGGGUCUUGACGACGAGGCGAAGGCCCAGAUUCUUGCGAUUAUGAAGAAGAGGCGCAUGCGCUUCGACGAGGCGCGCAGGGUCUACAUGGAGCAGCGAUUCAGCGCAAAUGGCAUCGCGGCGGAUGGGAGGCCCAAGGAUCCCAAGUUCGUCAGUUUCUCAUGAGCGUGUGCGUGUGCGGCUAUAGGCCUCGCUGGUCUACGAUGACCGUGUCUGCCCUAUAGGUGUAAGAACCUGGGUGUGUGUAUAUUUAUAGGUUUGUGAGAGUACGGGUGGGGAGUCUUGGGCUGGUCGGUUGCCAGCGUAGACAUUGGAGGUGGACCGAUGGUAGGUGGGAUGGGGGCUACGGACCGACCUAUAUUCAUCGCGAUGAGCGUUCGCGUGUGUUCCUUUCAUUUUGCGACGGCGUUUACGGGUGUGGACUUAUUCGUUAGUGGGGGUAUUAUACUCAUACCGUAGUAGGAGAAGCAUCCGUAGCUCGGUAUCCAGCACGAUUAAAUUGUGCCAUUGGUAUCGCAUGCUCAGGUGUAUCCUAGGACGGGGAAGGGAGCUUCAUGUUGAAACUGUUGUAUCAUUUUACUAUGUAGCCGUGGAGUACGUCUACGGCUACGGAGGACGGUAAUGGAUCGUUCGAAAUCUACAACUCAUCACAAUUUCCUUAUCUCAAUACAAUAUCGAAGUCUAUCAAUAUGCACAUGCAUGCGCGUCUCAGCUAGCCUUGUGUAUCCUCAAAACCAUAAGAGAGCUAAAUGUGACAUAUGUCCAUCCCAUACCUAGUCCCCUUUCGAUCUCGUAUGUAGGACGAAGAUAGAACUACUAAAGCAGUACCACCUCGGACCGAAGUACAAGUCUGAAAUUCUCAUGAAUAUAGCCUUUAAUGCUAC